AUGUACUUACCCAAACGUGCUGUCCCGGGCUCACCAUCAAGGUGGAGCGGCGGCCGAAAACGGUCACUGAACAGCGGUUACACGUGGGGUACAUAUGUGUUGCGUGUGGGUCACAUGCAAGCCGCACCUGGGUUCCAGGUGCAUUUCCAACAAUCCUCCUCGGCCGUCGCCUACGUCAGCUUGACGAUCUGGCGCAGCUCCGCCAUCCUGGCGCCGGGAAGGACUUGGUCAGGAGAUCCGCUGUCAUCAGGCGCGACUCGACGUACGUGGGCUCCACAUUGCCCUUCCGUGUGUAGUCGCAUAUGA